AUGGCUUUAGUAAUUUCGUGCUGCGAUGGCUUUCGAAUCGCCAUUAUCCUCAUCACUUCCCCUACCAUCUUUUCCCCCUCCUCCCUUUCCCUCCCCAACGCCUGGUGCUUUCCCGCAGCCCGCAUUUUCUCUCCCUUCCCCGGCGUGUUUCCUCUCUUGCUCAGAAUUCAACAUCACGCUAUCGUUUCUCCUAAGCGCAUAACGCUUCUCCCUGCCGCCUGUCACGCGCCGUGCCCGCGUCAUGCACCGCGUGCUCGCCCUCCACACUCUCGACCGGAAGCUCUCUGCCGCUCAGCUGGCACAACUACCUGCAGCCUCACUGAUGCGUGCAUGCUCACUGGUGCGUGCAUGCUCACUGGUGCGUGCAUGCUCACUGGUGCGUGCAUGCUCACUGAUGCGUGCAUGCUCACUGAUGCGUGCAUGCUCACUGGUGCGUGCAUGCUCACUGAUGCGUGCAUGCUCACUGGUGCGUGCAUGCUCACUGAUGCGUGCAUGCUCACUGGUGCGUGCAUGCUCACUGGUGCGUGCAUGCUCACUGGUGCGUGCAUGCUCACUGGUGCGUGCAUGCUCACUGGUGCGUGCAUGCUCACUGGUGCGUGCAUGCUCACUGAUGCGUGCAUGCUCACUGGUGCGUGCAUGCUCACUGAUGCGUGCAUGCUCACUGGUGCGUGCAUGCUCACUGGUGCGUGCAUGCUCACUGGUGCGUGCAUGCUCACUGGUGCGUGCAUGCUCACUGAUGCGUGCAUGCUCACUGGUGCGUGCAUGCUCACUGAUGUGUGCAUGCUCACUGGUGCGUGCAUGCUCACUGAUGCGUGCAUGCUCACUGGUGCGUGCAUGCUCACUGGUGCGUGCAUGCUCACUGGUGCGUGCAUGCUCACUGGUGCGUGCAUGCUCACUGGUGCGUGCAUGCUCACUGGUGCGUGCAUGCUCACUGGUGCGUGCAUGCUCACUGGUGCGUGCAUGCUCACUGGUGCGUGCAUGCUCACUGGUGCGUGCGCUGAAGCACGCAGACUGGCUGUUGUGAAUUUGGGAGCCAUGGAAAUCCACUCCCUCUCCCUUCCCCAUCCACCCCCUCUCCCUUCCCCAGCCACCCCCUCUCCCUUCCCCAGCCACCCCCUCUCCCUUCCCCAGCCACUCCCGCUCAUUCCAUCACCCUUGACAAACCUCUCUCUCCCCCUUUUUCUGAUCCUCCCUUUUUACCCCCUCCCCCCAACCUCUGGUGCCCAUGCAGUUCACAACAGGCCGCGAGACUUUACGACGCCUCCAGCCUCCAGAGGAGGCGAGGAGGAGAGGGGGCGAGGAGGAGAGGAGGCGUGGAGGCGAGGAGGCGCGGAGGAGAGGGAGCGUGGAGCAGAGGAGGCACGGAGGAGAGGGGGCGUGGAGCAGAAGAGGCGCGGAGGAGAGGAGACGCUGAGGAGAGUAGGCGUGGAGCAGCGGCGCAGAGGAGGAGAGGAGCAGAGGAGAAUUUUCCCUUCCUUCCCAUUCUGCAGUAGAUGCAUCGGAGGAGAAGGAGGCGAGGAGGCGAGGAAGAGGGGAGGAGAGGUGGAGAGGAGGCGAGGAGGCCCGCAGUGA